ACCACAAGGAUGAAGAAGAUUGUAGUCCUGAUUCUAACAUUCAGCUGCUGUGUAUGUGAAAUCCAAGUUAAUGAAAACAAUGAUAAAGUCAGUCAGUGCUCAGGAUCAACCAGCUGCUGUGACACCUGCUGUCUCACCUCCAUCACUCAAAACCUGGGAGCAGUGGGAGAGAAAGUCACUAACAUGGCAGAAAAAAUAACACUCCUGGAGGAUAAGUUGCUAAACACUGAAAAAGAAGUCCUGGAGCUGCGGAGCCUGACUGGAGGCACACCUCAGGUGGCCUUUUCUGCAGCUCUCAGGGAAUCUGGCUCUGGAGAUAUUGGACCUUUCACCACUGCUGCCCCACUGCAGUAUAAGAGGGUCUUCUCCAACACUGGCAAUAGCUACAAUCCUUCAACAGGUAUUUUCACAGCAGUGGUCAAAGGAAUGUACUUCUUUCGAUUCUCCAUGUUCAACAACCUCAAUCCUGUUCCCAACUCUGUUGUGAGCCUCAUGAAGAACAGUGAACGGCUAACAUCUGUCUGGGACACUGCAGGGUCUGAUAGCCAUGACAUGGGCAGCAACGCUGUGGUCAUCCCCCUCGAGGUGGGAGACAACGUGUACGUGGAGCUCCAAGCAAACAGGGUGGUCUAUGAUGAUGCCAUGAACUACAACACCUUCAGUGGUUUUCUGCUCUUCAUCAUAUGAUUCAUCAACUGUGUAUCAAAAUAAAUAUUAAGCUUUGCACAAUG